AUGGAUGACACAGGAUAAAUUAAAAAGAAACUUUCAGCCAAAAAAUUUUAUUUCCUUUACUACUAGAUGACAGAGCUGAUACCAUUGUUUUCAUAUUUAGAAAGACUGAAUUUCUUUAGAGAUUCAAUUCAAGCUAUGACACCAUAAGGGAACGAAUAAGAAUCUAGAUUUGAUAACUCUAUCAGACUAACUGUCAAUAAAAAGAAUAAAUCUUCAACCAGUGAAGAGAAAAAAUCAUUGUCAAAUGAUCCAACUAUUGAUAGCUCAGUAAAAGUUGAAUAUUUAAAUAAGCUUGAAAUCUAAAAAUAAUAGCAAAAGACAAAGCAGGAAGAAGAGUAAAACUGGGAAUGUGCAAUUUGCCUUGAUAAUUUGAGUGAUGUAAUGCUUCCCUGCACUCAUUCAUUCUGUGAUGAUUGCAUUAAAAUGUGGUAGGCAAAGUAGAACAACUGCCCUAUCUGUAGAAGUGAUAUUUUAACUAAAGUUCAGACUGACCUCGGAUUUCAAAGAUAGGAUGAAGAAAUCUAUUGUAUAAUUAAUAGUAAUGAUAGCUUAACUGAGCUCUCUGAAGAGAUUUAGAUGCGUGUAACUGGAGCUACACAAUUCAUUAUUGAUCGGAAAAAUUUUGCUAAAGUCACAUGUACUUUCUAAAAGAUUUACACAGCAGAGGAAUUAAUCAGAGAAGGCUAAAAUUAUAAACAGAUGAUUUAAGCUGAGUUUUCUUGA